CUCUUUAGCCACGGAGCUACCCAUCUACUAGUGUUUGGAGAGAAAAGGAAAGAUCGGAGGAGAAAAAGAAGGGAAGGAAGAACCCUCAGCCGCCGUGUGAUUUGACUAAUUUUGUCUCCCACGGGCCCCUGUUGAGGCUUCCUUUGGCGUCACUGGCGGUGCGGUCGCGGAGCAUCGUGGGUAGGAGGGAGAUUAGGUCUCACAGCUCCGGAAAAUGGCGGACGCUUUCGGGGAUGAGCUCUUCAGCGUGUUCGAGGACGACUCGACCGCUGCGCCCGGAACCAAAAAAGACAAAGAAAAGGAGAAAGGGAGGUGGAAGGGGCCAUCAGGGUCUGCGGAAAAGGCUGGAAAACACUUUGAUGGUAAACUACAAUCUGAGUCAACUAACAUUGGAAAAACCAAGAGAGAUGCAGACUUCGAGGGCACAGAUGAACCCUUUUUUGGAAAGAAAUCCAGGGUAGAAGAGUCAGUAACGGAAGACUUAAGUUUGGCAGACUUGAUGCCCAGGGUCAAGGUACAAUCAGUUGAAACUGUUGAGGGGUGUACACAUGAGGUUGCUCUUCCUGCAGAUGAAGAUUAUCUACCACUUAAACCUCGAGUUGGAAAAGCUGCAAAGGAAUACCCAUUCAUUCUUGAUGCUUUUCAAAGAGAAGCCAUUCAGUGUGUUGAUAAUAAUCAGUCUGUUUUAGUAUCUGCACAUACAUCAGCAGGAAAAACUGUAUGCGCUGAAUAUGCCAUUGCACUGGCCUUAAGGGAAAAACAGCGUGUAAUAUUUACCAGCCCAAUUAAGGCAUUGAGUAACCAGAAAUACCGUGAAAUGUAUGAAGAGUUUCAAGAUGUUGGUCUGAUGACUGGAGAUGUUACUAUUAAUCCUACAGCAUCUUGUCUUGUUAUGACCACAGAGAUUUUGAGAAGUAUGCUAUACAGAGGUUCUGAAGUUAUGCGAGAAGUUGCUUGGGUCAUAUUUGAUGAAAUUCAUUACAUGAGAGAUUCAGAGCGUGGUGUCGUAUGGGAAGAAACUAUUAUUUUGCUUCCUGAUAAUGUUCACUAUGUCUUUCUUUCGGCUACCAUUCCAAAUGCCCGACAGUUUGCUGAAUGGAUUUGCCAUUUACAUAAACAGCCUUGCCAUGUAAUUUACACAGAUUAUCGGCCUACUCCAUUGCAGCACUACAUUUUUCCAGCAGGGGGAGAUGGUCUGCACCUUGUGGUUGAUGAAAAUGGUGACUUCAGAGAAGAUAAUUUUAAUACUGCGAUGCAAGUACUUCGGGAUGCUGGUGAUUUGGCAAAAGGAGAUCAAAAGGGGCGGAAAGGAGGAACAAAAGGACCAUCAAAUGUAUUCAAGAUUGUGAAGAUGAUUAUGGAAAGAAAUUUUCAGCCUGUAAUUAUUUUCAGUUUCAGUAAGAAAGAUUGUGAAGCCUAUGCACUUCAAAUGACCAAAUUAGAUUUCAACACAGAUGAAGAGAAGAAGAUGGUUGAAGAAGUAUUCAGUAACGCAAUUGAUUGCUUAUCUGAUGAAGAUAAAAAGCUCCCGCAGGUUGAACAUGUUCUUCCUCUCUUGAAGCGGGGCAUUGGUAUUCACCAUGGUGGUUUACUUCCUAUUUUGAAAGAAACUAUAGAAAUUCUCUUUUCUGAAGGAUUGAUAAAGGCCUUAUUUGCCACAGAGACUUUCGCUAUGGGAAUUAACAUGCCAGCUAGAACUGUUUUAUUCACGAAUGCCCGAAAAUUUGAUGGAAAGGAUUUUCGAUGGAUUUCCUCUGGUGAAUACAUUCAGAUGUCUGGUCGUGCUGGAAGGAGGGGAAUGGAUGAUAGAGGAAUUGUAAUUCUCAUGGUAGAUGAAAAGAUGAGCCCAACAAUUGGGAAACAACUGCUUAAGGGCUCAGCUGAUCCUCUAAAUAGUGCUUUCCAUUUGACCUACAACAUGGUUUUGAACUUACUACGAGUAGAAGAAAUUAAUCCUGAAUACAUGUUGGAAAAAUCCUUCUAUCAGUUUCAGCAUUAUAGAGCAAUUCCAGGAGUAGUAGAGAAGGUAAAGAACUCGGAAGAACAGUAUAAUAAAAUAGUAAUACCAAAUGAAGAAAGUGUAGUCAUCUAUUAUAAGAUUAGACAACAGCUUGCUAAAUUGGGUAAAGAAAUUGAAGAAUAUAUUCACAAACCAAAAUACUGCUUACCAUUUCUACAACCAGGUCGUUUGGUAAAGGUAAAGAAUGAAGGAGAUGAUUUUGGCUGGGGUGUAGUGGUGAAUUUCUCAAAAAAAUCAAAUGUUAAGCCUAAUUCUGGUGAACUGGACCCUCUAUAUGUAGUAGAAGUACUCCUGCGCUGUAGCAAAGAGAGCUUGAAAAAUUCAGCUACUGAGGCUGCAAAGCCCGCUAAACCUGACGAGAAAGGAGAGAUGCAGGUUGUUCCAGUUUUGGUGCAUCUUCUGUCUGCUAUCAGCAGUGUUAGGCUUUACAUUCCUAAAGACCUUCGACCACUGGACAAUAGACAGAGUGUCUUAAAAUCAAUACAGGAAGUUCAGAAGCGUUUUCCUGAUGGUGUUCCUUUAUUAGAUCCUAUUGAUGACAUGGGCAUUCAAGAUCAAGGGCUGAAAAAAGUCAUCCAGAAAGUAGAGGCUUUUGAGCAUCGAAUGUAUUCUCACCCACUUCAUAAUGAUCCAAAUUUGGAAACUGUGUAUACUCUUUGUGAAAAAAAAGCACAGAUUGCUAUAGAUAUUAAAUCUGCAAAGCGAGAACUAAAGAAAGCAAGAACUGUCUUACAAAUGGAUGAGCUCAAAUGUCGCAAACGUGUUUUAAGGAGGUUGGGAUUUGCUACAUCUUCUGAUGUCAUAGAGAUGAAAGGACGAGUGGCUUGUGAGAUAAGCAGUGCUGAUGAACUUCUUCUAACUGAGAUGAUGUUUAAUGGCCUUUUCAAUGACCUAUCUGCAGAACAGGCAACAGCACUACUAAGCUGCUUUGUGUUUCAAGAGAAUUCUAGUGAGAUGCCAAAAUUAACAGAGCAGUUAGCCGGACCACUUCGUCAAAUGCAGGAAUGUGCUAAAAGAAUAGCAAAAGUUUCAGCAGAAGCCAAAUUGGAAAUUGAUGAGGAGACUUACCUGAGCUCAUUUAAACCUCACUUAAUGGAUGUGGUAUAUACUUGGGCGACUGGAGCUACAUUUGCCCAUAUCUGCAAAAUGACGGAUGUUUUUGAAGGCAGCAUAAUUCGUUGUAUGAGGCGCCUGGAAGAACUACUUCGACAAAUGUGUCAAGCAGCAAAAGCCAUUGGAAACACUGAGCUGGAAAAUAAAUUUGCAGAAGGAAUCACCAAAAUCAAGAGAGACAUUGUGUUUGCUGCCAGCCUCUACUUAUAGAGUCGGCUAAAGGAAUGUGGGAUUUUAAAUUGUUCACCACCUGUCUGAUUACAGUUGACAGCAAAUGUUUACAAGUACUGACUUGGUUUUCCCAUCUCAAGACAGUUGUCCUCACAUAUUUUAAUAUGUAUUAUAUUUAAGUCAAGCAUCAUUCUAAGAAAGCAUAUUACAUACACAUUUGUACAUAAGCAUUACAUUUUUUAAUAAAAAAUGUACAGGUGGGGCAUUGUUUUAGUGAAAGGCUUGAAAUUGUUUUUAAUGAACUUGAGCUAUUAGAUAACCGUUGUGUUAAAUGUUAACUAUAUACACACAGGUAAAGUGGGCAUCCAAGAGGUAUAGCAGCAGCAGUCCCUUAAAGGUUUAUACACCGGGAAGAAAGACGCAUCCUCUUGCUUUCUGGUUGCCAUCAUUUUCCUUUAGAAAGCAGGCCAGCUUCUGCGGGCACUCCACCACCUUUAAGGUUGGUGACUGUUCCGGUAAUGAUUCCCUGUCGUUGGUGUUUCGUGCAGAGUUGUGUGAGAGUCCUCCUCUUUUCUUUCUUUAAAAGGAGAAUUUCUCUCCUUGAAGAAAUCAGACACGUAUACAGCCUAUAUAGAACAGGAGACACUUAGAAUGGGACAAGCACUUUUAAGUAAGCUUAAAAACCAUAUUCAGGUUUCAAAAAUAAAAGGAUACACAUUAUAGGGUUCAGGUUACGGUUACAAAUAAAUUAGGGGCUAACAGGAAUUUCUGUUUAAGACAUUCUGAGAGUUGCUUUAUUAUGUAUUGGGCAAACAAACAGCUUCACUCUGCCAGCCCUUAAUGAAAGUGUCAUUCUCCAUGUAAAUUAGGGGUUUUUUUCUUUCAGUUCAUACCAAAAAGAAAACUUUAUAGCUAGAGAUUUUUACAAUUAAAAAAGAAACUCAGUUUUUUUUUUUUAUAACUUUUGCAAAGAGUACAUAACCUACCUCUUCUUUGCUGUCUAUCCUAAAAUGACUUUUAGUAUCAUUGGGGUCCUUAACCCAGUGGCAAUUACUGAGCCACAUUCUCUGCCUUACUUAGCAUAGUUUUCUCAUUGGGACAUUUUUUCCUACUUACUUAUCCAAGUGUUUAUCAGUAUUAAGACAUAGGCUGCUGCCCAGUGUACUUACAACUAAUACUGCAACCAGAGCUCCUUGAAUGAGUCCAGUCAACACAUCACUCCAGUGGUGUUUGUAAUCAGAAACUCGAGAAAGGCCCACAUAAAUGGAUACAGCAACAAGACCAAAUUGCAGUGUGGGGCGUAAGAGUCUUGCCCAGUCUCCCUUCAUCCUGGCUUGAAGAUAAAGCUAAUAGAAAAAAUAAGAAUAAAGAAAAAAAUUUAACACACCAACUAGAGGCUAUGUUAAGUAUCACCAUACCUCUAAAGGGUUGAUAUUUUAAAUGAUUAAUAGUCAUUAAAUAUUAAUAAUCAAUAAAUGUUUUUAUUAUAUAUGGAAUAGGGCUAUAGGCAAGCAUUCUUAUACUCAUUAACACCUAAAAGUUAAUCCC